GGAGCGGCGGCGGAGAUGGUGGUGAAGAGCGGGGGAGUCGGCGCCGCGGACGAGGGGGCCGCGGGCGCGGCCGUCCGGCGGUGGGUGGAGGCCGGCGGCGGGAGGCUGGUGCUGGACGGCGGGCUGGCCACGGAGCUCGAGGCCCACGGCGCCGACCUCAACGACCCGCUCUGGAGCGCCAAGUGCAUCCUCUCCUCCCCGCACCUCAUCCGCAAGGUACAUUUGGACUACAUAGAAGCAGGUGCGAACAUUAUAAUCACAGCAUCAUAUCAGGCUACCAUUCAAGGGUUUGAGUCCAAGGGAUUUUCAAAAGAACAAAGUGAAAAUUUACUAACCAAGAGUGUUGAGAUUGCACAUGAAGCACGUGAGAUGUUUCUGAAGCAACAUUCAGAUCAAUCCACUCCCAUGCACCGUCCUAUUCUGGUUGCUGCUUCCAUAGGAAGUUAUGGGGCUUAUCUUGCUGAUGGCUCUGAGUACAGCGGGGAUUAUGGUGAAGCUGGGACACUUGAAUUCCUGAAAGAUUUCCAUCGGCGGAGACUUCAGGUUCUUGCAGAGGCACGUCCUGAUUUGAUCGCUUUUGAAACAAUCCCUAACAAAUUGGAAGCUCAGGCAUAUGUUGAACUUCUCGAGGAAUGCAAUAUAAGUAUCCCUUCAUGGUUUUCCUUCAACUCGAAAGAUGGAGUCCAUGUUGUGAGUGGAGAUUCACUAAUUGAAUGUGCUAAAGUUGCUAACUCAUGUGCAAAGGUUGGAGCUGUUGGAAUAAACUGCACGCCUCCAAGAUUUAUUCAUAGCCUGAUACUCACCAUUCGGAAGGUCACAGACAAGCCAAUUUUGAUAUAUCCCAACAGUGGAGAAAGAUAUGAUGCCGAGAAAAAAGAGUGGGUGGAAUCUACGGGUGUGUCAGAUGGUGAUUUUGUUUCUUACGUAAGCGAGUGGUGCAAGGAUGGGGCUGCGCUUAUUGGGGGCUGCUGCAGGACAACUCCAAACACCAUCAGGGCCAUAACUAGAACCCUUAACCAAUUCUGCCCUGCACCAUAAUUAUCUGUGGCAUAUAGUUGGGCCCUCCUUGAGGGGUGGUUUUCGUGUUGUUGUCCUAUGAAGAUGUUAUGGAGAUUUAGUAACAGUGCUGUCAUGUUCUCCUGGAAAUGAGACGGUUUCUUCUUGCUUGGAGAUGAAACCGGUCAACGAUUAACAAGAAGUAAUAGCGGAGUAAGUUGUACUGAGGAGUGAGCGAAACGAUCUGCGGCGAAGUUCAUGACCCCUUAUUAUCUAUUAAGAGAGUUCAAGACUAUGCAUGUUAUACAGAGAGUUCUGGAGAUGUUAACCUGGAAUAAGCUCUUAUGAUGUGUACUAGUACUGCCUUGUGUAACUCUGUUUAAUCCUAAACCUCUGUUUGAACAAUGUAUGGUGUAUUUUAGCAUGUAUCUCCUGCUGAAUGA